AUGGGCGGAUCACCACCUUGCGGUGACUCGGUUCGAGCCGUCAAAGAUUACAAACGUCAAGCAACCACCUCUAAGAAGUGGCCUUCUCCAGUCGAAAAUGAUCACCAGAUCACUUUUUCGGCACUAGACACCAAGGGCGUCCACAUGCCACAUAAUGAUCCUCUCCUCGUCGACCUUGACAUUGGCGAAUGUCUAGUCGCAAAAGUCCUUAUUGAUACCGGCAGCUCAGUCGAUCUCAUCUUUCGCGACACACUCGACCAAAUGGGAGUUGAUUUAAGGGAUAUGAAGCCUUCCUCUCGCACGCUCACCGGCUUCAACGGAGCCUCGGAGCAAAUGAUCGGGACAAUUCGCCUUCCAGUAUACGCAGGUGGUAUAACCCACACCGUCAAGUUCUCCGUCAUCCGCGCCAAAGCACCCUAUAAUGCCAUACUCGGAACACCAUGGCUGCAUUCCAUGAAAGCCGUCCCUUCGAAUUACAUCAAUGCGUCAAGUUUCCCGGAAAAGACGGCAAAACAGAGACGAUUCGGGGAGAUCAACAAGCCGCGAAAGAACUACUGA